CAGAGAGUCCCCAGCCCAGCUGCUCCUCAGCCUGCUCACAUGUGAAGACUUCCUGUGAUGAGAACAGAAACACAGGUGCUGUCCCUAUCGCGACAGCCCCUGGAGCCUGGGCCAGGGGGGACCAUGAACAGGCCCUGGGCCCUGGGCCUGCUCUGGGUACUGCUGAUGCUCUGCAUCACUGCAGGGACCCCCGAGGUGUGGGUGCAAGUUCACAUGGAAGCCACCAAGUCCCCAUCCCUCACCAUCCGCUGUGGAUUCCUGGGAUCUGGCUCUAUCUCCCUGGUGACCGUGAGCUCCGGGGGGCGUGAUGGUGCUGGAGGGACCAGGCUGGCUGUGUUGCACCCAGAAUUCGGCACCCAGCAGUGGCCACCUGCCCGCCAGGCCCACUGGGAGACCAGGAGCAGCAUCUCUCUCUUGCUGGAGGGAGAUCCUAACAGGGGGAGCCCCAGCCCCAACACCACCUUCUGCUGCAAGUUCGCCUCCUUCCCGGAGGGCUCCCAGGAGGCCUGUGGGUGCCACGGCCUCAACACAGACCAAGGGCUCCCCACCCCAACUGCGACUCCCAUCGUGCGGGCUGACCUGGCCGGGAUCUUGGGGGUCUCCGGGUUCCUCCUCCUCGGCUGUGUCUACCUCCUCCACCUCCUGCAUCGGCAGAGGCACUGGUCUGUCAUGAAGCUUCAACCACUCCUCACCAUCCCCCAGACACCAGGACAAGCAAGGGGUGCCAGCCAAACCGCCAGGGACUCUCUCCACGUCCCCCAUGUAUCCGGCAACACUUACUUUGGCCCCACAGCUCUGGGCCCGGCCCCCCCGCCCCAGCCUCAGGCUCAGUGGGAGCUUCUCCCUGGCUCCACGGUGCCGGUGCCGGCUCGCUUGUCCCCGCUGCCGGCCUCUGUGCGCAGCAGCUUCAUCUACGUGGAGAAUGGACUCUAUGCUCAGGCAGGAGAGAGGCCUCCUCACACUGGCCCCAAUCUUAUUGCUCCCCAUGACCGUCUGCAGCCCAGAGCCAGAGAGGAGCCAGCAGGACUUUGAUAAGAGGGACCCCCAAGACCCCCUGGCCUUUCUCUGUGCACAAGCCUCUGGCACCCCUCCUGUUAGGGGUCUGCUUCCAGGCCACCUGCAGUCUUUGCACAUCUUGUUUAACUCUUAGGCUCCACACAUACCCAGGCAGGGCCCACUCACUGCGGAUGUGGUGUAGGUCCACGUGGGCACAUGUGUGUGGCUGUGAAGUGACAAAAUCCAUCCUAGGUGGUUUCCUGUUUUCAAGCCCCCAGCCCUCCCAGGUGAUGUUAAUGAUUAAGUCAACAAAAAUGGUUUCUCUGCUGGGGCCACAGCUGGGCCUUUUCUUCUUUGGGGGUUAAGAGGUUAGAGGCAGUUUCAACCCCUGGGAGGCAGGUUAGAGCUGGAGGGGGAUGGGGCCUCAGCCAGAUCUCCCCUCACCCUGACUCCCAACAGGGGCUCCUGGGGCAGGGUGGGCUGUCAGUCAGGCGGACCUUGCUGAGGGACAUCAGUGGUUGGGAAGACAGAUUGGGGGUCUAGUGUCCCCCAGGCAGGGUGGCACACAUUCAAAACUCAUAACAUCCCAGCCUGGCAGCAAGGGCUUCAGGGGCUUCAACCUGAGAAAAGGCCUCUGAGGUCUGACCUGGCAUUGCUAUGACAGCAGCUUCCUGAGAUGGCCUGGGAGGACGGCCCUGAUGCCCUCCUUCCACAGACUGACAUCAGAGGAAGGAGACCCAUCUCAAAUCUGUCCACAGGCUUCCUCUGGCUCCUUUCCUAGGACCACACCCCACUGGCCAGCCCGGGCAGGUAGAGGCCUGCUGGACACAGGGAGCGAAUGCACCCUCUGCCCCAUCUUCCCAUCCAGGAGCCAGCCCUCCUUCUGUAAAGAGGCCCAGCAGCCUGGGCCUCACCAUGCCUUGGCCACAUAAGAAUAUGGUGAGACCUCUGUAAGCUGCAAGGCCGCACAGGAUGGUGGCAGCUUCUGGGUGGAAGGGGGUGGUGUGGGCCUGAAGUCAGGCCCAGGCUGCACCCUCAAUCAGGGCAAGUACUAGUACAGCAGAGGGGACACCUGCCACUCACCCCCUUCCUUGGUUCUGCAUGUGGGAAAUCCCAGUCAGUGCCACCUGCUAAGCCAGGAACCACCCCAUUCUGCCUCAGGAGGGCCUGUCCAGAGGUUGUGUCCAACCACAGAAUCUUCUGGAAACCCAGUUUACUAUUGCAGGCAUGCUCUGAUGUGGCCUUCUAAGGACCCAGCCCCAUCCAGCCACCAGCUGUACACUGCACUGGGGAGAGGGCACCAAGGAGGUGAGGGGUGGGUGAGAGGUCAUGGGGUCUGCCUUCCUCAGCCAGCAGGAUCAUCAUCCUCUGAGAAGCCCUGGCCAGUCAGCUCAGCAGUCCCUGCAGGGGCUCAAGGGAGGGAGGAAGGGGGUGUGGCAGAGGUCCCCAAGGAGGGUCAGGGGCACUCAGUGAGGGAGGGAAUAGAUCAGGACUGCAGCUUUGGUACCGUGUUCAGGACCAGGGACAGGGGUAUGGGGGCAAUGGCCCUGCAGGGUCUCUUGGGAGGCUCCCUGGGAAGGAAUGUCCUCCAGACAAGGAAGGGAGCUGUGAGCGGUCCCCAGCCCCAGCCCCGCUCCCAGCCAGGGCUACUUGCCCAUCAUGGAGUCAGAGAGAGCCCCCCUGGUCUCGACUUGUCUUCCACAGUCUAAGGAGGCCCCAGCCCACCUUGGUCCCCGUGGUACCUGAAACCACAGCCUCGGGACCCAGGAAGUCUCUGCAGUGGGCCUGCCCCUUAGUCCCCCACCGCCGAGUGCCAGAACCAGCAGCGUUGUAGGGACCAGCGAGGGUGCGGGGCUGUGGAGGCGUACGGGGGGCAGUAGUGGGGGGCCCUCUUCUCCGGUCCCAAUCUUAGGCAUCAGGCUCUACUGUUUUUUCAUUCAACACGUGUGGAAAUUGGGGCUCGAAAGAGAUGAUUUGCCCAAGGGGACGGGACUGAAUGAGCUCCAGCACCUCCACCCGGCAUCUGGGACAUUCCCUCAGCCAUCAUCCUAGGUAAGACUUGAGCUCGAACUGACCGGAGUUUGCAUCCCUGGGGCGGCUUCCGACUGUGGGACAGUGAGCGGCUCACUUAACCUCUUCGAGGCUCUCUUUGUUCAUCGGUUACGUAAGGUGACAAGGCCGGAGGGGAGCGUGAAGAUAGGAAAUCAGGACCAAGUACUAAGCAGCUUUGCACGGAGUAGCUUCUUUAGGACUCGGGACAACCCCAGGGUGUCUUCAGUAAGGCUGUUUAGCAGACAGGCAGCCCGAGCUGGAGGCGGAGGCACUCUCAGUAGGGAGGACAGGAGGCUCAGGACCACCAGCCGGGGCUUGGCCUCCUUCGCUGCUCCGCGGCUCUGGCGCGGGCUUGCUGGGCGGAGGGAGCCCGGAGCCCAGGGACCUGCGGCCGCCACCAGGUGGCGCUGCAGCGGAGGGGCCCGAUGGCGCGGCCGCCCGAGAGUCUCUGGAAGUCCCUCUGAGAAUAUGCGAGCCCUGCCGAAGAUAAGACCGUCCGCGGAGGCGCUGCGGGGGUCGCGGGGGGAACGCAGAGUUGUGACCCACCUGCACCCGCCACCCCCAGGCUGCCUUCCCCAAUCCCGCAGCCCUGUCCUCUCCCACCAGCCCACCUCGGGGCUGGGACUCGUGCUCACCCCUCCCCAGGUGGCCCUCAGGCCCCUCACCCCGUGACUACCUCCACCCGCGGUCAGCUGCUCCUCCUCCUAACCCCACCCCACUGCGUCCAGCACCCACCCUGACCGUCUGCCCCUCGGCGACCCCAGAGCCCUCCUUCCACAGUCCAGCCCCCACCACCUGCAGCUCUCCCCAGACCCCACGCCGGGAUUGGUCCCCGCCCCCUUCCCAGGUUCCUGCGGCUGCCCAUUGAACUGCAGCUCCCCCCAGCACCUCCAUACUCCCUGUGGCCCACGACCCGUCCAGGCUGCCCUGCCUCUCUCAGCUGCCACCACCUCUAUUGCUCCGUGCCACGCGUGGCCAAGGCGCCAGGCAUCUGCCUUCCCCUCUUGCAGGCCCUUGGGGGCUGGCCAGGAAGAGCCACGUGCCUAAUGGAGCACUGUAAUCUGGGCACCACGACCACCCCUGGCCAGGUGUAUGACCUCGGGCUGCCCAAGGAGCCUCAGACCCUUGCAAGGUUCCCUGCAUGCCGAACGAUAUCAUGGUCUUGCCCCGAGACCCGUGUGGCAUCCAUCCUUCUGCGGACCUCAACAGUAAAUGACAGUAAAGGACUUAGAAGAAACCGAACCCAGGGGUGUCUGAUGGCUUAGCCAGCAGGACGUGGGGAAAAGGGAUGAGCUGGGGAUUAAGAAGGAGCCAGAAUUGAGCUAGGAGAAUCUGCCUCCUUCCUGUGCUUUGGGCCUCUCCUUGGGGAAGCAGCUCCCAAGAGAGAAAACCACAAGCUGUGCCCCCAUCCCCAACACAAGGACACACAAAUGUAAGGACACCGUGUCCGCAGGCCCAGCCCUGGUGGGGGAGGCUCUCCAACUCAGGUUCCAGUCAAGCGCAGCUGAGGGGUGGGUACAGCUGCACUUCAGCAUCUGUGAAAUGGGUCAGAAGCUGUGCUGUUGUAGAAAAGUAAAUAAACGACACCAUUACAAAUGUUAAGAGAAAAAAUCAGGGUGAUCUGAGAAGGACUAAUGGGGUCUCUCUAAGUAGAUGACAUUUAAAAUAAAACCUGAAGUUAUAUGGGAAUUGUCCAGGCAAAGACUGUGGGGAGACCAUUCCAGGCAGGGAAAGACGUAAGCAAAGGCCCUGAGGUUAAAAAGCUUGGCACUGUUAAGGGUCCAAAGCAGGUGGAUGUGCUGGAAAACAGGCGAGUGAGCAGCAGGCAAAGCCUAUAGAAGGGAUCUGGAUUUUAAUUUAAAACCCUUGGUGGGUUUUAAGCAGAGCAGUAAAAUAAUCAGAUUGGCAUUAUAAAAAGCACUCUGGGCUGGGAAGGGAACCCCUGUGAGGGAGGGAGUUAGUGUAGAAGGAAGAACAAUCGGGAGGCUACUGAGAUAGUCCAGGUGGGAGAUGGGUGUCUGAGUCAAGGAUGGUGGAAUGCAGAUGGAAAGUGGAUGGAUUAAGUGUUUUGGAGGCAGAGUUGUUCCUGGCAGUGGGAUUGGGAUGGACUCAAAGGGAGUGAUGCCUAGUUUUCCAGCCUGAGUGGUUAGGAGGAGAAAUGCCAUUUGCUGAGGUGGAACACUGAGAGGUGGAUGUUCCAGGGAAGAGGUGACAAAGGACCAAUAAAGGCAGCUUAAGAUGCGGAGACACAAGUGAGGUGCAGGCAUAUCAGUGCCUCCUCAGAGCCCAGGCAGCAUCUGGAGUGAGAACUGUAUGCAGAAUAUUGCUGAGCAAAAUCAAAGCUCUAAAUAUAUGGUGAGAUAUCCCAUGUUUAGAGAUCAGAAGGCUCAUUGCUAAGAGGUUAUUUCUCCACAAAUUGAUCUACAGAAUCAAAACAGUCUUAAUCUAUA